AUGUCUAGUAGUAUUGCCGAUGUUUAUGUCAGUGAUUUGAAGCUGGUACUUCUGGGCGAGUCCUCUGUGGGGAAAUCUUCAAUAGUAAUGAGGUAUGUCACGGGCAGCUUUCAGAAGACUAAUGCCACUAUUGGAGCAGCGUUCACCACUAGGACGUUUGAAGUACCGCAGUGUGAUGGUUCUAUAAAGAGAAUUAACUUGGAGAUCUGGGAUACUGCUGGUCAGGAACGAUACAGAUCAUUGGCACCCAUGUACUUUCGAAAUACAGAUAUUGCACUAGUUGUGUUCGACGUUACGAAGCCGGAAAGCUUACGGAAAGCUCAGAGCUGGAUUGAAGAGCUGAAUUCGUAUGUGGAGGAGGAUCGGCGUGAUGAUUUACGUAUAAAAGUGAUAGGGAACAAGAAAGAUCUGGAGCAUGAUCCAGUAGGGACUAUAGAAGGACUGCCGUUGUUCACCGUGAGUGCCAAGACAGGUGAAGGAAUCGACGAGUUGUUUGAGAGUUUGGUGAAUGAUAUACCGCCCGGAAAGUUCAAAAAGUUGGAUGUCUCGAAACAUAAUGCGGCUCUAGAACUCGAUAAGGGCCCCAAGGCUCGUUCGGGAUGUUGCUAA